AUAAAUAGCUUACACAAAUAACUGUUCUGCAGAAAAUACACACUUGUAUAUAGGUAUCAACUUGUGACGUCAUCACGUCCACUCCCAGUCCAACAUAACGUAACGUCCGUAUGACAUCAGAAAGUACCAUUCUCGCUGAGCUUGUGGAAAUAAUAACUUCUACAGAAGUCGAAACACCCAACACAAGCGAAAAAGACUUGAAUCAAUAUAUUACAUACCCAAAAAAUGGACGAAAAAGCCGAGAAUCGAUCUAUUGAAGACCCUCAAACGGACGAAAAAGACGAGUUUACCCGUGUUUAUGUGGAAAGAACACUAGCCAUCAUUAAACCUGACGCGAUCCAUAAAAGUGGAGAAAUUGAGGACAUCAUCCUGACGUCGGGCUUCACUAUCCUGCAGAAGAGGAAACUUCAUCUGAGUCCGGAACAGUGCAGUGACUUCUACGCCGAACACCAUGGAAAACUCAACUUCUCCAAACUGACUGCUUACAUGAGCUCCGGUCCGAUCCUUGCACUGACUCUAGCUCGGGAUAAUGCAAUAGCGCUUUGGAAAUCUAUCAUUGGACCCGCUAAGCCUGAAGAAACUCAUUCGGAAUGCCUUCGAGCAAAAUAUGGCACUUCUGAGCUGCAAAAUGCACUCCAUGGCAGCGACUCCUUUCACGUGGCCGAGCGAGAGAUCAAAUUCAUGUUCCCGAGAACUCUAACUGUUCCCACGAAGGAGGAAACGGAAGAAUACUUGAGUAAAUACGUGAACCAAACGUUGCUGCAAGGACUCACUGAGCUCUGCAAGCACAAACCUUUGACGCCGUGUGUUUGGCUUGCCGCGUGGCUCAUCAAAAAUAAUCCAAACAGGCCUCAAAUAUGUGAUGAUGCUCUUGUGGAAGAAGAAAAAUAACACUUAGGAACAACCAAGAGGAAUAUGUGAUUGCAGGAAAUGCGAAUUUAAUAAAAAUAUGUUGACU